AUGGCUACUAAACGAAUGAAUAUCCUCGUUUACUCUGGUGCGCUGACUCAGGAAGCAUGGCGAGCGAACCGAAAUCUAAUGCUAUCUUCAGGAAACGGCAGCACCGUGGAAUCCGUGCGGCACUGUCUAUACACCCUUCGGAAGCUGCUGUCUCCCAACUAUGCCGUCAUCCCCGUCACUGGUGAUAUGCUCAUCAAGGAGCCAUGGACAGCAAGUUGUGCUGCCUUGGUGUUUCCAGGUGGAGCCGAUCAAGGGUACUGCAAGACACUCAAUGGCGAAGGGAACAGACGCAUUCGCCAAUUUGUCGAACGUGGUGGCAUCUAUAUCGGAUUUUGUGCUGGUGGCUAUUAUGGAAGUCGAAGAUGUGAGUUUGAAGUAGGAAACAAGCUCAUGGAAGUCGUGGGCGAUCGAGAACUUGCAUUCUAUCCUGGUAUUGCUCGAGGUUGUGCAUUUCCUGGCUUUGUCUAUCACAGCGAGAAAGGGGCCCGAGCCGCAGAAGUGAAGGUCGACAAGACCGUCUUGUCAACAGGAACUGUGCCGAACGUGUUCAAAUCCUAUUACAACGGUGGAGGGGUCUUCGUCGAUGCCCCCAAAUACAAGUCGCAGGGUGUCGAGGUCCUGGCGAGCUACACAGAACCUCUUAGUGUCGAUCCUGGAGAUGGGACAGCUGCUGUUGUCUAUUGUAAGGUUGGUCAAGGAGCAGCAGUAUUGACGGGCCCACAUCCAGAGUUUGUCUUUCUUGGGAAGCCAGCAGAUGACUGGUCACUGACGAAGCCUAGAUUUGCUGCUGUCAACCUUGAGCCCAAGCCGGAUGUUCCUCAGUUCUCGGAUGUUAUCAAAGCCCUGGCCGAGGAUGAGAACCAGCGCAUGAAUUUCAUCAAAGCCUGUCUCACCAAACUCGGGCUCACUGUGAGCGAGGAGCAGAAUGUACCGUCCCUGUCCUAUAUGCAUUUGUCUUCAUUGCAACCUGCAGAUACGGCAAGUGUCGUGUCAUCCCUGGGCCAUCUCAUUGACAAGGAUGAACACGGCGAGGAAUUCAUCAAGGAUGAAAAUGACACAUUUUACCUCGUGAAGGCUCCCGCCUGGAAAUUGGAUGAACUAGCUAAAGCCCUGCCUUCGCAGAUGGAGACAAAGGAGUCUGCUGACCAAGGCCAUGGCAGCUCCGACCGGAUUAUCGAUUAUAGUACAGUGGCCAAACAGGUACUCGUCUAUGACAACGAUCAUCCUCAAUCCCAAUCGACGCCGUACUUUAAUCACCGUACUUUCUACGCCAGCCUCCAAAAAUAUCAGUCUCAAACUCCUGGCACCUCCAGCUUUGGCACUCAUCUACUAUACGGAGAAGUGGUUACUUCAACGAAUACCUUGCUUGAGAAGAACACAAGGAUACUCCGCAAUCUACCUCAGGGCUUCACCGCCACGGCCACUAUUCAGGUAGCAGGCCGAGGUCGAGGCUCCAACGUCUGGGUUUCGCCAGCUGGCAGUCUUAUGUUCAGCACUGUCAUCCGACACCCUAUGGCGCAGAUGCAGACUGCCCCAGUCGUCUUCGUCCAGUACCUGGCUGCGAUAGCCAUCGUCCAAGGUAUCAAAUCGUAUGAUGGCAAAAAUUACGAAAACAUGCCGAUCAAACUAAAGUGGCCGAACGACAUCUUCGCCCUAGAUCCGAACAAGGCCGCGGAGAACGGUGGUGAUCGAAACGAAAACUACACAAAGAUUGGAGGGAUUUUGGUUAACAGCCACUACAACACCAAAGAAUACAUCGCUGUGUGCGGGAUUGGCCUGAACACCUCUAACACUGCACCAACUACCUCUCUGAACCAGCUCACGCAGUUUCUCCCUAAAAAUGUGCCGCCUUUCACGCUAGAGAAGCUGUUGGCCCGCAUUCUCACGGUUUUUGAUGACAUUUACGCCAGGUUUUUAAGGACAGGCUUCGACGAGGUCAUGGAGAAGAUGUACUAUGACCACUGGCUUCACAUGGACCAAAUUGUGACUCUGGAGGCCGAAGGCGGGCAACGCGCACGAAUCAAAGGGAUCACUAGGGACUAUGGGUUGCUGAUUGCAGAAGAGCUUGCGUGGGAAGACCGCGAGACUGGGCGCAGGUGGACCCUGCAGAGUGAUUCGAACAGUUUUGACUUCUUCAAGGGUUUGGUGAAGGUAAGCCACAAAUCCUGUCUGCAUAAGAUCCCUGGACUGCAACCCCUGCCAUGGUGUGUCCCUUGA